UCUUUUACUUACCAGAUGUGUUGUUGCAGCCGAACACUAACUGCUGUGUAUGAUGCUAUAUUAGAGGAUUUAGUGUAUCCUGCUGAAAUAGUGGGGAAGAGGAUACAGGUCAAGAUGGACGGUAAACAACUGAUAAAGGUCCAUUUGGACAAGAACCAGCAGACGAACAUUGAUCACAAGCUCGACACAUUUGCUUCAGUGUAUAAGAAGUUAACAGGGAGGGAAGUCAAAUUUGAGUUCCCAGAAACGUACCUGUAAAUGUUUUAUUACAAUAAAAUGUUUAAAUAAAAUCCACUUUGGGUGAA